CCGACGAUACUCGAACAGAGAGAAACACUUCUGUACGUAACAUUUAUAUUUUUUAAGUUCCUCUUCUUAGAAACAAUCUCAUCUAUCUCAUCAGUUCACCUGUUUUUUUUUUUUGUCUUCUUUUCUAUUCGCCUUUUACUGUUUUUACCAAAGAAAGACCAACCAACGAUGAUCGCGCGACGGAUCUGGCGGAGUCAUCGGUUUCUCCGCCCAUUCAGCUCGUCAUCUGUUUGCCCUCCUCCGCCUUUUCGGGUACCUGAGUUUCAUCCUCAGUCGUCUUCUUCUCCGGCGUCGCGCCCAUUCUUUCUUCACCCUCUCACUUUGAUGAAAUGGUCUGGACAAAGUAGAAGCUGGUUUUCAAACGAAGCCAUGGCCAUAGAUUCUCAUGCAGGCCUAAUUGAUGUGCCUCUAGCACAAACUGGGGAAGGUAUUGCUGAAUGCGAGCUUCUCAAGUGGUUCGUGCAAGAGGGAGAUCCUGUUGAAGAGUUUCAGCCAUUAUGUGAAGUUCAGAGCGAUAAAGCAACAAUAGAGAUAACAAGUCGUUUUAAGGGGAAAGUGGCUCUCAUCUCACAUUCUCCAGGUGACAUUAUCAAGGUUGGAGAGACCCUGGUCAGGCUGGCCGUUGAAGACGCACAGGAUGCUUUUCUAGUAACCUCUGAUCGUUCAGAAAUUGUAAAUCCGGGAUGUUUAAAGCAGAACAUAGACAAUGUCGUUGGAGCUCUCUCAACUCCUGCUGUACGUAACCUUGCAAAAGACCUUGGCAUAGAUAUCAAUGUUAUAGCUGGAACUGGUAAAGAUGGGAGGGUUUUGAAAGAGGAUGUUCUUCGAUUUGGUGACCAGAAAGGAUUUGCAACAGAUUCGGUUUCUACUGAGCAUGCUGUUGUAGGAGGAGACUCAGUUUCCACUACAGCGAGUAACUUUGAAGAUAAAACAGUUCCUCUAAGGGGAUUCAACCGAGCAAUGGUCAAGACAAUGACUAUGGCUACAACUGUACCGCAUUUUCAUUUCGUUGAAGAGAUAAACUGUGACGCACUUGUGGAGCUCAAGCAGUUCUUCAAAGAGAACAAUACAGAUUCCACCAUCAAACACACUUUUCUUCCUACUUUAAUCAAGUCACUGUCAAUGGCUCUAGCCAAAUAUCCCAUAGUGAAUAGUUGCUUCAACGCAGAAUCUGUCGAGAUCAUUCUCAAAGGUUCACAUAACAUUGGAGUUGCAAUGGCCACUGAACAUGGCCUUGUCGUUCCUAAUAUAAAGAAUGUUCAGUCAUUAUCUCUGCUAGAGAUAACUAAAGAGCUAUCGCGGUUACAGCAUUUGGCGACAAACAACAAACUAAACCCCGAGGAUGUAACUGGUGGAACCAUAACUCUGAGUAACAUUGGAGCAAUCGGCGGGAAAUUCGGAUCCCCUCUUCUAAACCUACCAGAAGUUGCAAUCAUCGCUCUUGGAAGAAUCGAGAAAGUUCCAAAAUUCUCAGAAGAAGGAACUGUUUAUCCUGCAUCAAUAAUGAUGGUUAACAUAGCCGCAGAUCACAGAGUCCUAGAUGGAGCAACGGUAGCUCGGUUUUGCUGCCAGUGGAAAGAGUACAUCGAGAAACCGGAGUUGCUAAUGCUUCAAAUGAGAUAGAUGUUACUUUGUGAAUCAUUAUGAGUGAUACAAUGGUAUGUAUCUUCAUGUUCGAAUAAGAUCACUGUUUUAUAACUGAGCUAGCAGUUGUAAACUAAACAGAUAUAUAAAAGUCA